AUGGAAUAUCCCAAUUCUCGAAGUUUUGAAGAGUUUCAACAGAUCGAUCCGAUGAAGUCGGAUUACUAUUUUCAUAAAUAUGAUGAAUUCAUUUGCAAUAAUGACAUUAGCUCGAUUAAACAACCUCUCGAAUAUUCAGAAGCCGUUUUCAGAACAUUAACGUACCCUGUACUCUGGCUGGAUUCCAUCGGUGAUGUCCACUGGAAUGAAGCGGCCGAACGAGAAAUGUACAAGUAUUUGUUAGAGAAGCAAUUUUCGACUGUAACAUCUGAAGACUACUGUCAAUCUCAUCAAUUAAUCAUCCUCAAUCAAUGGAUUUAUGGUGGUUUCUUUAGCCGAUUUCAUUGUCUUAUUGACCAGUUCGGUCAAUCGCUCUAUUCUCCAUCAAUGGCUCUACUUUCUCCUCAAAGGUUUCUGAUAUCGAAUGCCGGUGUCGAUGAUUAUCUAAUUGAGGGGAUACUUGGUUAUUUAGCACCCAUGUCCUUUUGUUCUGGUUACAUGCAUCAUAAGAACAUGACAAACAUCGACCACGAGAUAAGACGUUUAACAUCGUCAAAAAAAAUAAAUACAUUUGAACAGUUACGUUCAAAUACGGACAAAUUUUUAUUUUUAGCCGAAGUUUGGAAAUUUGGUAUUGAACAUAUACCACACCGACACUGGUUAUUCGAUUUUGAUCAUGCUCAAGCAAAACAUUCUCUUUUGUAUAAUGCUUCGAUAGGACAGUUAACAAAUCAUUCUUAUGAACACAUUUAUCAUUCAUCACACUUGACGUUCGAUUUGAACAUCUGGAAACCUCGAAAUCAUCCGCAUCACGCGUAUUCCGAUCAUUUAACGUCAGAUUCUAUGUAUAAGCUGACAUGGAAAGAUCAAUCAUUUAUGUCAUUUCUUCAUUAUAUGUUUACACUGUAUUUUUAUAAAUUACCACCUCGCAUCGAACUAAUUACAAAAUUGUUAAAACAAC